ACGAAUAUUGUGCUGUGGAGUGAUUGCAGGGAGGAGCCGGAGAAGAUCGAGGUGGCAGCAUAAGGAUGCUUUGGCCCUCGACGACGACAGCGAGGACGAGAACGAUGAGAGUUCUGCUGCAAAUUAGUUUGCUGGCGAUAUGCCUGGUCGGGCUAGCGCACAGCUUCAACGGCGAGAUGGUUGAGCAGGAUUGCCCGGUUGACUGUCACUGUCACUACUUUCGCAUCAAUUGGGUGACCGAUUGCUCGGAGAGCAACCUCACUGCCAUCCCCCACGAAGGACUCAGCCACAACGUUUACGUACUUGACAUGAACGGCAACAAUAUCGAGCAGGUGGAACCUUUUCCAAAGGAUAUCAAACUUAGACGACUCCAAUUGGCUCAUAAUCGCCUAACCGACCUCACCGUUGAAUCAUUUGCCGGGCUCACUUACCUGCUGGAUGCCGAUUUCUCAUACAAUCAGAUUACCAGGGUCGAUCCCGAAGCUUUUAGGGACAGUCCCGGUCUGAUAACCUUGGAGUUGCAACAUAAUUCUCUGGAGAACAUCGAAGGACACUUCCUUAACUGCCGACCACUGCUGUUUCUCGAUAUAAGCACCUGCGGCAUUAGACACUUGAACCCAGAGUUCUUCCGUAACACGACCAACCUGAAUCGACUCGACUUGUCGCAGAACCCACUUGGCCGUAUUGAACCCGGACCUUUCGAUUAUCUCAUCAGUCUCGAGUAUCUCAAGCUCUCUGCGUGCAAUCUCACGUCCAUCUCUUCCAACGCGUUCGCUCAUCUCGAAAAUUUACGUGAACUCGAAUUGGAAGACAAUGAUCUGAACUCACUCCAUUGGACUGCCGUCCUUGCCCCAUUGGUUCGUCUCGAGCACUUGAACAUUCGUAAGAAUGGCAUCACGAAUUUACCCGGCGACGCUUUUGCCAAAAAUUUGUAUCUACGUCAGUUGAAUCUUGCUGAUAAUGAGCUUCAACACCUGAACGUCGGCAGUACGCUCGGUCAUAAUCUUCACAGUUUGCAUUCGCUCGACUUGUCGAAUUGCAAUUUACAAGACAGACUUUCGGAGGAGGCAUUUAGAAACGCGAGUAAAUUGCGCGUACUCAAUCUUAGCGGGAACCCCAUGUUCGCUGCUGAUCUGACAGCGGUACUGCGUCACCUGCCAAAGCUUCACAAACUCUCACUGAGCAAUUGUAGUCUACGACGACUGCCGGAAGCUUUUGAGAAUCUGGAGCAUCUCGUCGAACUUGACGUCUCGCACAAUCCUCUUUCCGACGCAUUUGUUCGCCUGCUAAACCCAUUGAAGUCCCUUGAAUACUUGGACAUGUCGUAUUGCAACUUGGGCUACGUUGGCAACAAUACCUUCAUCUUGAUGACCGAGUUGAAGAAACUCAUAAUGUCUGGCAACAUGUUGCACACUUUGGAGCAUGGCUUGUUCACCAACCUGACGAAGCUUGAGAGCUUAGAACUCAACGAUUGUGGUCUGAAGAAUCCUAUUGACCCAGAUGUAUUCGGCGAUCGUGUUUACACUCACAUAAUCGAGUUAAAGUUGAGCAAGAACCCACUGGUUAUACCCGACAAUGGACCACUUUUACCUAAACAGCUUUCAGGUUUGGAACGCCUAGAUCUAAGUCAUUGCGACAUUUCACGACUAAACGAGAAUAUCUUUUCGCACACGCGUAAUCUCACACACCUUAAUCUAUCCAGCAACAAAAUCACCGGCACUGACCGUCUUAUCUUCAUUAAAAAACUCCGUGGUCUCGAGCACCUCGAUCUAAGUAACAAUAACUUGACCACGAUCAAUCCACGCGUAUUCCAAGCGAAUCCUCGACUUUUAACCAUCAACCUCAUCGGUAACCCAUUCGUAUGCAACUGCUCACUGGUGGAGAUGUGGGACUGGGCUUUAAACGUCAAAGACGACCUAGAUGUGCUGGUUGGCAGUCAGCCGUUACAAUUUACUACUGGCGCAGCUAAGCUGCGCAAGAUACUUUCGUGUUCGUACCAUCCUGAGACGUACAGCAGAUUUUUGGAGCAGCGACCAUUCGUGCGUAAAGGCGAUCUAACACCCAAUCGCACUUGGGCCAAAUACAUCCGAGAAUCGGUAUGUGGUAGGAAAUCAUUAUGAUAUAAGGUUGCUAGAUUUGAAGACAUCGCCACGAACACCCAUCAAGCACAUAGACCCAAACAGGAGCUGUAGCUUGCCCGAUUUGACGACAUACAUUUUCGUAGAACGUAUAAUGUGUAAGUUUUUACUUGCUUAGAUUUUAACGAACGCAGGCGUAGUUAACCUUGCUUAGACGAAUAUGUCGCUGACGGAAUUUUAGUUUUAUUUAAUUUCUGUACUAGCUUUAUAAAAUUAUUAAAAAAAACAACAAAAAAACAACAAAAAAAACAAAAAAAACGAAUGCGAUAUGAGUGGAACUCUAUUGCACGAAUUAAACUCAUUGAAUAGUUUUUUUAACAAAAUUUUACACGAAGCAUUUGAACUUAAACUCGUAUUUUACAAGACAAUCAUGUGAAUUAUUUAUGAACUCGUCGCUUCUUCAUCAUUAAAUACAUUCAAUAAGGUCUUAAUUUGAAAAUGAUGAUGAAACUAAAUUAUUACAAUAAUAUUAUGAUAUUUUUAAUAUGACAACAGACAAAAAAGCAAUAUAAUUUUUAUCAGGGAUUAAUGUACAGAUCAAAUAAUUAAUAUCGAGCAGUAGCAGUAUUUGAUGCUUGUCAGCCGUAACAUUAAUACCUGUUAAUGAUUACUUUUAAGCCCGUUUCUAUGUUAUUCAUUGUAUACUUCAAUUAGAAAAUUUUUUUGUGUAUUAUAAAUGUUUAUACUUUUCAAGAAUCCAAUCAAAAAUCUCUGUGUUCUAGAAAAAAAGUGCGUUUAAAUGUGGACAAAUAAGACCGUACUGAGUAUAAAUCACAUUUGCUAAUUACUAGUCCAAGUGAUUUACAAAUAAAAAGAGAUCAUUAUAAUCUAGUUUAAGAUGACGCUCUUGAAUUGAUAGAAAUCUAGCUAAACACUACUGAAUAAUUCUAAGUUAAUGUGAAAAGUAUACUAUAAUUGAGCUAUAAUUUAAGACUAUCAAGCAAUUUGUUGAACCGGAUACAGAGCUAUAAAGUGCACUGUAAAGAGUUGAUUUGUAACUCCUAAAAUUAUAAAUGUAGCCAAAUCGUACGUAGUUAACGUUUUCGAGCUUACACGAAUUUGCGCAUUUGUUUACGAUUUUUUAAAGCAUCUACUGUUAAACGUUACAAAUAAAAUAAAGGAUAUAACUGUAGAACGCUCGAGAUUUGUAGACAAAACUUGAGUGUAAAACGGUAUAAAGUGAUAUUUUAGUCAUGCGAAGUCUCGAAACAUACAAACAAAUGUUUACCUUCGAGAUUGACUAACGUAGAGCAUAAGAAUGCAAUGAACAGCCAAAUAGGUAUUUAUUUCGCAAAGUAUAUGCGUGAGGAAAGCAAAGCUGCGUUAUCGCGAGAUUGACCUUUCAACGACAAGGCCAUGCAAAUACAUGUUAGAGGCAAACUGGCAGGUGGAAGAUCACGCAAUUCCUUUUUCAGUACUGUUCUUGUACAUCUCUAAAUGUAAAAGACUGUGUUUAAUAAAUGCACCGCCAUAUAUUUCUUGUAAACACGUGUAAUUAUUAAUCACUCAUACAUUACAUAAAACAGCAAAUCCACGUAAAGAUCAAGCUAGGAGUGGUUUAUAAACUGACUGAACGGAAGUGAUCAAAGAAAACGCGAUUACACAGUCGAAUAAGUCAACGAUUAUGAUUUUAUUUAAGUUUGAACCUCAUUUAACUUUGCGAGCUUUAAAAUAUUAAGAUUCCGGAGAGUGAAUAAGAGCGCUCUCUUCCCUUAUUUACAGCAUUUCAUAUCUCUGGCACUGUACUCUAAAAUACGCCGCAGCACCGGCCUAGAAUCUUUUCUAUUGAUUCAGGGUAUGCUCGGUUGAACUGGGGAAUCGGGUUCUUGCAGUAACCCCCGUACACCGAACCGUUAAAAGCCUCUUUGAAAGCUUUGAAACGUUGACAAUAAAAUCAAGUCGACUGACGAGUAAUCGAUUAUCGGAGCUUUGAAU